AUGAUGCAUAAUGUCACAGAAUUCAUCCUACUGGGCCUGACCCAGAAUCCAGAACUGCAGCAUUUCUUGUUCACUAUAUUUCUAAUAAUUUUCUUGAUCACUGUGGUAGGUAACAUGCUCAUUUCAAUCAUCAUCUUCAUCAGCCCGUUGCUGGGUUCCCCCAUGUACUUCUUUCUGUGCUAUUUGUCUAUUAUAGAUGGUUUCUAUUCUUCUUCCAUAGCACCCAAAAUGAUCUUUGACUUGAUCUCUAAAAGGAACACAAUAUCCUUCAAUGGCUGCAUGGCUCAACUUUUUGCUGAACAUUUCUUUGCCGCAGCUGAAAUUAUCCUGUUAAUGGCUAUGGCCUGUGACCGCUAUGUGGCCAUCUGUAAGCCCUUGCACUAUAUGACCAUCAUGAGCCGUCCCGUGUGUACGUUUCUGGUGGUAAUGGCUGCAAUCUUAGGGUUUAUUCAUGCAGGGAUCCAACUUUUGUGCAUGCUUCAGUUGCCUUUCUGUGGCCCCAAUGUCAUUGACCAUUUCAUGUGUGACUUAAUUCCUCUCCUGGAACUCGCCUGCACAGACACCCACAAGUUGGGGCCCCUGAUCGCAGCCAACAGUGGGUCUUUGUGCUUCCUUAUUUUUUCCAUGUUGGUUACUUCCUAUGUCUUCAUCCUGUGCUCCUUGAGGAAUCGUAGUGCUGAAGGGCGCCGCAAAGCUCUGUCUACCUGUGCAGCUCAUGUCACUGUUGUCGUCUUGUUCUUUGUACCUUGUUCAUAUCUGUACCUAAGACCCGUGACUUCUUUUCCCACUGACAAAGCUGUGACUGUGUUUUGCACCUUAGUAACUCCUAUGCUGAACCCUUUGAUCUACACCCUCAGAAAUAAAGAAAUGAAAAAUGCCACAAAGAAACUCUGGAGGAAAAUAAUGAAAACAUCAGAAAAUAAGUCUGGUGAUUAA